AUGGUGUCUCCUAAUCCCUCUGCUCGACUCUCCUCUAUCUCCAAUCACCUUGACAAGAACAGAGCUCGCGAAGAAUCUCCCAGUGCCCGUGAAAGUGUGAAAAUGUCUGCGAAGAUUCAGGAUCCGAAUCAGUUGCCUUGGGAUCCUAAUUGUACUCGGUUUCCUUUGCUGGAAGAGCUCCCGAAGCUACCAAAUGCACCGGAAGGAGCGGCUUGGGUUUGGGGAGAUGAUGAUCAGUUGGGAAGAUUGAAUCUCCUGACAAAGGAACGGGUUAUGGCUUCGGCUAAGGAGAUUACAACCGGGGAGAUGAUUCGACUGGAUCUUCCUCUUAAUGUCCCAGAGAAACCUGCAUUUGAUCGUGAGACGUUCAACCAUAACAUCAAGACUGUUGUCGAAGAUAUCGUCUAUGACGACACAUACACUCUCAACACUCAGAGUGGCACACAGUGGGAUGGAUUCCGACACUUCGCCCACAUCCCCACAAAGACAUUCUACAAUAGAACAACCGGCAAAGACAUAGUAGGCCCAAACGCCAACCACAAUUGCAGCAUCGACCACUGGGCAAACCACGGCAUAGCCGGCCGCGGAAUUCUCCUCGACUACCGCCACUAUGCCCAGACCCACAACAAACCUUACGACCCCUACACGACCCACGCAAUAACACUCUCGGAACUGACAGCCUGCGCAAAGUUUCAAAACCUAGAUCUCCGCCCAGAAUCCCAAGGCGGCGACAUCCGCAUUGGCGACCUCCUCCUCAUCCGCUCCGGCUUUGUAGAGCGUUACCACGAGCUGAGCCCAGAAGUGCGCCUUGCCGCGGCAUCACGGUCCCACGAUGAUAUCAGCUUUGCAGGUGUAUCUCGUGAACCUGCAAUGAAGACUUGGUUGCAUGAUUGCUAUUUCGCGGCCGUUAUGGGUGAUUCACCUACGUUUGAGGCAUGGCCUGUUCCUGAGCAGGAGUAUUUGCAUGAGAGUUUGUUAGCGCUUUGGGGGUGUCCUCUUGGUGAGAUGUGGGAUUUGGAGAAGCUUGCGGUGAGGUGUCGGGAGAUGGGGAAGUGGACUUUCUUUAUGACUAGUGCUCCUGCGAAUAUGCCUGGUGGCGUUGGGUCGCAUGCUAAUGCGACUGCAAUCUUGUAA